AUGGAGGUCGAGUUGGAAGAGAUCGAGAAUCACAUUGUUCGUCACAAACCUGUCGGCAUCAAUACAUUGUUACGAAAGACGCGAUUCACACGUAAAGAGCUCCAGAUAAUGUACCAAGGUUUUAAACAGGAGUGUCCCGCUGGGAUGUUGACGGAGGAAGUGUUCAAGGAUGUCUACUGCAAAUUCUUUCCCCAAGGAGAUGCUACAAUGUACGCUCAACUGGUCUUUCGCUCAUUCGACAAAGAACACAACGGCUCCCUCAAUUUCGAGGUAAGAACGCUUCUGUUGUUGGACAUUGUGGCAGAACACGAUGAUACGGUAGCUCAAAGUGAUUGCAGUAAGUCACGAAGUGAGAAGGAAAAGGGCACAAUACGCAGCCCCAACUAUCCAAAGUGGUAUGGACCUCAUAGGUUUUGCAACUAUGAAGUCGGUAUACCGUCGAACAAGCAAGUCCUACUAAACUUUACUGAAGUUGCCUUAAAUAUGGAUCAUGACAGAAUCGUGGUAUUCGAUGGCCCUGAUUGUUUAUCUAAAAGGAUCGGUGUCGUACACCAUAUGAAUACUCCGGCCUACGUCUCUUCCAGCAAUAGAAUCAGCGCUCUGUUUAUUACCGAUGGAGUCUCAGGACCUUGGAGGUUCAAGGCAGAAUACUCAGCAGGCAAGUGCCAUUUGAAUUGGAUCAAAUGA